AUCAAGUAAAACGUAUACAUACAGAUGGCUUUAUUGUAGCUGGAAAAGUAGAACUUAAAACGGGAAUAGAAAUAGAAAUUCCAAAUUUGAUUAUUUUCAAAGAAAAUGAGCUUCGCUCUACAAAUAAUUUACCAGAUUUUGAGAAAAUACAAGAUAAAGAGCAGUUAACAGUAAAAAGGAAACUAUCAAAAAAGUCUGAUAUGAAUCUUACGAAUGAAAUUAUAAUAGAAAUAUUUCAACAUUUACGAACACAAAAUGAAAGAUUAUGUGGUAAUAAUGAAUUAUUGUUUCCAGUUUUAUAUGUUAACAAACAAUGGAAUGAAUGCGCAACAUAUUUAAUAUGGAGAAGAAUUACAUUAUAUAGAUAUAAUAUUAGAAAUUUUGUCGAAUUAAUAAAAAAGAAACCAUUACCGAAUGCGAUAAAAUAUAUAAAACAGAUAGAAUUCGAAAGAAUAGAUAAUUAUUUUAAUAUGAAUGAAUUUCAAUUAGAAGACAUUGUAAGUAUAUGCCAAAAUAUAAUAACUAUAUCAUUUAAGGAUUGUGCACCAAAAACUGUCUUAAGUAUACCAGAAAAAUGUACAAGUAUAAAAACUAUAAAAAUACAAAAUUGUGAACGAAUAACAGAUAAAAUAGUAAAUCAAUUAGUGAGCAAAUAUCCGAAAAUUGAAAUUAAUAAAAUAGAAGUUGACUUACGAAAGUUAAUGAUGCAGGAAGCUAUUACAUGGAAAAUGAUUGAAUCAGUACAGAUUAAAAUAAUAAAAGAAGCCUUUCGUCUUCGAUAUAGAAAAGAUAGUAAGCUUAUUAGUGAAUAUGCUAGUUAUACAGAAAUUGAGGAAGCUGUUGAAGAUGUACUUAUAGACGAGUAG